AUGGCUGAAAUUAACAAUACCAGUGCAAUUAAAAAUGACUCUUCUUCAUUUGUGACUUUGGUUUCGAGUGAUGCAUUUGAAUUCAUUAUUCCACGCCAAGUCGCUUGCAUCUCAGGCACCAUUCGACGCAUGUUGAACACCCAACACCAGUUUCGCGAGGCGCUAUCUGGCCGUUGUCAGCUGGAGAAUAUUGAUUCUAUCAUCCUUGAGAAAGUUUGCGAGUAUCUCCAUUACAAUUACCGAAUGCGGGACCAGACUUCGGUGUCUGAUAUGCCUAUCCCCGUUGAACUCUGCCUGGAGCUUUUGAUGGCGGCCGACUACUUGGAGUGUUAA